AUGACUGAAAAAGAAUUCACUGUGAAACAUAUAUUCACUGAUGUUGAGAAAUUCAAGCAAUAUCAAUAUCUCUAUAGUCCACAAGAAGAACAUUUUGGUAUCGGAUGGAUAAUAAGUAUUGAAAAAGAGAACGAACACCUCGGAAUUUUUUUACACACAAAUGUGACAGGAAAUCAAGAAAUUCACACUAAUUAUACCCUGAGAAUAUUCUCGAAAAACCGGGAAAAAAAUCAUUCAAGGUCUUUGAGUAGGGUGUUUGAGAGACGCUGCAUUUAUGGUUGCCUCUAUUUUAUUGAAUGGAGAACUUUGGAAGAUGAAUAUCUGGAUGAUGGAAAAUUGGAAGUGGAAGUUCAUGUGAAAAUAAACAAAAUGGUUGGAUUUCCGGAAGAAACAAAUGAAUUUCCCAGAAAAGAUUUAAGAAGUUUCGGAGAGGAUAUGAAACAAUUCUCCGAUGUCACAUUGAAAGUAAAAAAGCGGAAAUUCUAUAUUUCGAAGUUGUACCUCUCCUCUCAUUCUCCAUAUUUUGCAACUUUAUUUUUGGGAAGAUUUCAAGAAUCUGAAAAAUCAGAAAUCGAAUUGAAAGAUGUCAAUCCUCAAGACUUCCAAUACUAUCUUGAAGUUCUACAUCUAGAAAAUGGAAUUGAUGAUGAUACUGUCCAAGGAAUUUUAUCAGUGGCUGAUAUGUUCGACACUCCUAAAAUUGUCAAAAAAUGCGAGGAAUUUUUGCUUGAAAAAUCAAAAAAGGGACUGAAAAGAAAGCUGGAGUUGGCUGGAAAUUAUAGAAUGGAGGGACUGAAAAAACAAUGCCUGGAUAAAAUCAAGUCAAAAGCGGAUAUUCGUUCAGUUAUUCCAGCGGAUCCCAGUGAAAUGGACAAAGAAAUCCUUGCAGAGCUACUCAAAAAAUCUUUAGAUUCCAAUUGA